AUAGAAAAGUGCCAGAUUCCCUGAGAAAUACAGUGAACAGUCCUUGUGGGCUUGGACUGAGAGUUUGGCUGCAUGUUCACAUGCUUCUGCUAACUAUUAUGGCUUCAAAUGAAACAAAUGCGAUUUGGGAAAUACUUAAACCUAUUGAUUUUGAGGAGCUCAUCCUGGCGUUCUGCUUGUCGAUUUUGAUGGGUCUGCUAAUCGGGAUCUUGAUUUUCCUCCUCCUUACGUGGAUGUCAAGACGGAGAGCUUCGGUCAGGAUCACCAGACGUCAAAACCAGUCGUCAGAAUGUAAAGGCUCACGAAAUCAACACUGCCACCUCAGACACUACAAGAGUCACGGUUUUGACAAGAAUACUGAAUUUGCAGGAAGAGCGGUUUUAAACCUCCAAAGACAGACUUCCGUAGACCCCAAUGAGCUGCUGGGCAGAAGCCCCAGCUUUCAGAACUCCACUUUUCGGCCACCACCAAAAAAGGCUAACAAGACCAGUGAAACAGAAGAUGAUAACCAAGCUGCAUUAAUUCCUAACAUCACAGAUCCGUUUAGUACGGAACCAGCAGAGUCUUUCUGGCUGGGGAAGGGCAGUCUAAGAGGAUUUCUACCCAGACAGACUCCACCACCUGCAUAUGACAGUGUCAUUCACAUCUUUCAAGAGACCUGUACUUGAUUGCACUGUGACAAGAGACUUAAGGAUUGUACAUAAAUUCAACUAAAUUAAAGCCUUGCUCUGAUUUGAGAAGAGAUCUGAUUUAUCCUACUCACACUAAUUUGACUCAUUAUCUUCAUGCAAACUGUACAAACAAGAAAAAAUAUAGGGCGGGACUUGAUUUUGUCCAUGUGUAAUUUGGGUCAUUGAUUAGAUGAUUGUGGUUUGCUAUUGCUGUGAUCUCAUGUGAGUGACAGGUUGUCCCGCCCUCAAGCCAGUUAACAUGUCAUCAGAGAUGUCGCUGUGGGAAAGUUAUUUUGGUUAAAAAUUAUGAGGGAACACGAAUUUAAAAAUAAUGAUGUGCCCUGGUAAAUCAUGUAUAAUAAAUAAUGCAAUUUUUCAUAAAAAAUC